AUGGGUUUCCUAGAGGAAAGAGAUCUGAGCGAUGUCCCAUCGAUACCUGAUUAUUACAAAGGAAAGACAAUAUUCAUAACUGGUGGUUCGGGUUUCAUGGGAAAAGUUCUCGUUGAAAAAUUGCUAUACUCCUGUUCAGAUUUAGACAGAAUUUAUUUGUUGCUUAGAAGUAAGAAAGGGGUCAAACCUGAAGAUAGAUUACUUGAACUAUAUAAAUCAAGAUGUUUCGAUCGUCUCAGAAAGGAAAAGCCGGAUAUAUUUGAAAAUAAAGUAUUCUUUAUUAGCGGAGAUUGCAGCGAAAUUGGUUUAGGUAUCUCAGAUGAAGACAGAACACUAUUAUUGAAUAGAACACAGAUUAUCUUCCACGUCGCUGCAAGUGUCAGAUUUGACGACUCUUUGAAAGUUGCUGCGAAUUUGAACUUACGUGGAACUUGUGAAAUGAUAGAACUCGCUAAACAUAUUAGAAAUCUUGAAGUUUUAGUGCACGUGUCUACUUCAUACGCAAACACCAAUAGAGCGCGUAUAGACGAAGUAAUAUAUCCGGCGUUCGCUGACUGGAGGGAUACUUUAGAAAUCUGUGAAAAAUUAGAUGAAAAUACGUUAAGAGUCUUGACUCCUAAAUAUUUAGGAGAGCUUCCGAAUACUUAUGUAUUUACGAAGCAGUUAGCCGAACAUGUGAUGUGGGAACAGAAGGGGAAGCUGCCAAUUAUUAUCAUGAGACCAUCUAUAGUUAUAUCCAGCGUAAGUGAACCGGUGGCGGGGUGGGUGGAAAAUUUGAACGGUCCUGUCGGAAUGCUGAUUGCUAGUGGCAAAGGUAUCCUACGCACUCUCUAUACUGAUCCAGAUUUAGUGUCAGAUUAUAUACCAGUGGAUGUGGCGAUAAAGGCGUUCAUUGCAGGUGCUUGGAUUAGAGGAACAAAGAAAUUUGAACCUACAGACGACAUCGAAGUAUAUAACUGUUCGACUAGCCACAUAAAAACUAUGACGAUGGGAGAAGUAGUCGAAUUUGGAAGAAAUAUUGUAAAAGAAAUACCGAUUGAAGGCAUGCUUUGGUCCGCUGGUGGUUGUUUAACGACGUCCAGAUUGGAAUUCAACUUAAGGGUAUUUUUCCUCCAUUUACUCCCAGCUCUUUUAGUGGACAUGCUUUUAUGGAUAUCUGGUAAUAAGCCAAUGCUGGUGAAACUCCAACGACGAAUUUACUCAGCAAAUCUCGCUCUUCACUACUAUGUGACCCAACAAUGGACUUUUACAAACACAAAUAUCCUGGAGCUUAGAAAAAAAAUUAAAGCUCUAGAUAGAAACAGCUUUUACUACGAAAUGGAGAAGAUUAAUCAAGAAGAUUACUUCAGAAAUGCUUGUAUUGGUGGGAAGAAAUAUAUUUUGAAGGAGAAGAUGGAAAAUUUGCCGAAAGCUAAGGCACAUAUGAAGAGAAUGCAGCUGUUAGACUUCGUUGUACGAAAUGCGUUUCUUGGAUAUUUGUUCUGGUUUGUUAUAAAUACUGACUUUGUAAUGGGCAUACUGAAGUCAUGCGAUACAGCCAUGACGUUUCUGGAGGAACGGAACUUUAACGAUGUGGCCAGUAUACCAGCAUAUUACAAAGGAAAGACAAUUUUCAUGACUGGUGGUUCUGGUUUCAUGGGAAAAGUUUUAUUAGAGAAGUUGCUGUACUCUUGCACUGAUCUCGAUCGAAUCUAUUUGCUGUUGAGAAAUAAAAAGGGCGUAGCACCAGAACAGAGAUUGGCUGAAAUAUAUAAAUCACAUUGUUUCGAUCGGCUUCGAAUAGACAAACCAGGCAUUUUUGAAUCAAAAGUGUUCUUCAUAGCAGGAGAUUGCAGCGAAAUUGGAUUGGGUAUAUCAGACGAGGACAGAGCACUCAUAAUAAAUAGAACACAAAUAAUAUUUCAUGUCGCUGCAAGUGUAAGGUUUGAUGAUACACUAAAAGUGGCAGCGAAGUUAAAUCUACGCGGAACCAAAGAAAUGUUGGAAUUAGCAACAGAAGUGCGAAAUUUGGAAGCCUUCGCUCACAUUUCCACAUCGUACGCUAACACCAACCGAGAUCCCGUAGAAGAAGUAAUGUACCCACCCCUCGCAGACUGGCGAGAUACCCUGAAAAUAUGUGAAGAAGCCGAUGAUAUGACUAUUCAGGUGCUAACAGCUAAAUAUUUGGGAGAAAUGCCAAACACGUAUGUAUUUACAAAACAAUUAGCUGAAAACGUGGUUUAUGAAUAUAGGGGAAAAUUACCCAUUGUCAUAAUCAGACCGUCUAUAGUUAUAUCAAGUGUAAGUGAGCCUACACCUGGAUGGAUAGAAAAUUUCAAUGGACCCACUGGACUCAUAGUUGCUUGUGGAAAAGGAAUUCUUAGAACCCUAUACUCAAAACCUGACCUGAUAUCCGACUAUAUUCCUGUAGAUGUUGCUAUAAAGUGCUUCAUUGCAGCCGCCUGGGCCAGAGGUACUAAAAAGUUAGAGCUAAGUGAUGAUAUUCCUAUUUAUAACAGCUGUGCAGGUAAAUUAAAUUCAAUAACUGUCUACGAACUGAUAGAGAUUGGUGAGCAGGUGAUCGCUGAAGAACCGUUGCAUAAUUCGCUAUGGACUUAUGGACCCACAAUAACUACAUCCUUAUUUCUAUAUAAUCUUCAGGUAUUGUUCCUGCAUCUUUUACCAGCCGUUUUAGUUGAUGUGUUAUUAUGGCUGCUUGGUAAAAAAACCAUGCUUGUCAAAAUCCAACGACGCAUUUACGCAGGAAAUGUAGCUGUGCAAUACUAUUUGAAUCAGCAAUGGACGUUUACGAAUACCAACUUUAUUUCUCUACGUUCGAUAAUUAAAGAAGUAGACCAAGAAGAUUUCUAUUACGAUAUAGAAAACAUCGACAGAUACGAGUUCUUCAGACGGUGUUGUUUUAUUGGAAGAAAAUAUUUGUUGCGUGAAUCUGAAGCGGAUGCACCGAAGAAUAAAGCUCAUUAUGCAAGACUCAAGUUCCUAAGUAAGUUACUAAAAUGUAUAUUCUACGGCUUCAUAUUCUGGUUGGUGAUGAGAACAGAGUUCGUUCAAAACCGUUUUGCUCCUGAAAAA